AUGCUGUCGAUGCGCGUGCUGCUUUCCCUUCUGGCCUUCGCCUCGUCCUCCCGGGCUGCCUUCUAUACCAUCUCGGACUCGUACAAAGGCACCGACUUUCUCACUGGAUUCAUCCACGAAAACAUAACCGAUCCGACGCACGGUCGCGUCACCUAUGUCUCCCAAGCGGAUGCCCUCGCCAAAAACCUCACCUACGCGCGUGGAUCGACGCUCAUCAUCCGCACAGACGACACCACGGUCUUGAGUGCCGACGGACCCGGACGCGACUCCGUGCGCCUGAGGAGCAACAAGAUGUACACCACACACGUCUCGAUCUGGAAUAUCCACCACAUGCCCCAGGGCUGCGGAACGUGGCCGGCGGUUUGGGAGGUCGGGUCGGUGUGGCCUGAUUACGGGGAGGUCGACAUUGUCGAGGGUGUCAACAGCAAGGCUCCCAACCAGGCUUCAUUCCACACUGGAGCAGGCAAGUCCCUCCGCCGUUCCUUGUAUCGUAUCACCGAGACGGGCGGAAACAACUGCGACAGCAAAGCGACGAACAACACCGGCUGCGGCGUCAAGGACACCCGUCAGGACAGCUUCGGGCCAUCAUUCAACGACGGCGGCGGCGGCUUCUACGCGAUGGAGCGCGCGCAGGACGGCAUUCGCGUCUGGUUCUGGUCGCGCGGAGCCGCAAUCCCAUGGGACGUCAAGUACGGACUUGACAUUAUCGAGACUUCUGCUUGGGGAACUCCAGUCGCGUUCUGGCCGAGUACGAUGUGCGACCCCUCGAAGCUGGGGCCGCACUGGUUGGUCAUCAACUUGACUCUUUGCGGCGACUGGGCUGGGGCAGACGACGUAUACCCCGUCAGCGGGUGCCCCGACACAUGUAUCUCCUUCGUGGACAACAACCCGUCUGCAUUUUCCCAGGCGUACUUUGAGGUGGAGUGGGCGAAGGUGUACGAGUAG